AUGGAUUUGAAAGAAAUAAUUAUUAAAAAAGAAACAGAACUUAAUUGUAAUCUUAGGCCAUCAGUAGAUCGUAUGUCGCUUAUCAUACAAGAAAAUAUUAUUUUCAUGAUAUUCCAAUUGUUCCAGCUUUAUUUUUGUCUUAAUUCGGUUCAAAUAUUUGAAAUAAUAAAAUGGAAAGGAGAUUUAAGUGUGAAUUGUGAAACUUUUCCAACUGAUGAAAUUCAAAGACAAUUUGCAAACUUUGAUUUACCAUUAGUAAUAAUUUUAGUUGUAUUCGCAUUAAUUAUGGCUUGCAUAAGUUUCAAAUUAUAUAAACAAUUUGGAUGGAAUAUUUAUAAAAAAAUUGGUGCAGAUAUCGAAGUUCAAAAAAUAUAUAAAGCUACCCUUAUCUUUGUUAUGUUAUUAAAGCUGGAUUUAUUCUUUGUGUUCCUCUUGUCGAUCGAAGUUUUCUUUCUUUUUAGUGAAAAAAUUGAGAAUAAAGAAGUGAAAAAAAUUGAAUUUACUUUUACACUUCCCACAAUUGUUUAUUAUUUUCACAUGGUUGUAACGAUCAUGAUUUUUUUCCUGGAAAUUCUUGCUUAUCGAUCCUUACGAAAAGAGUGGAGGGAAGGCAUGUUCACUUAUAUCUUAUUGUCAACAGUUACUAUUGUCGAUUUUGUCGUUAUUUUACGAUCCGCGACAAAAACAGUUAACAAUAGCUGGUAUUUCUUUAUUGUUUUCCUGUCUGUUGCUAUUGUGCUAUGUUUGACAACAUGGAUAUAUGCUGUACGCGUAUUCAAAAACUUUGGAAAAGUUAAUAAAAGAGAAGAGGAUCAUGAUGUUCCUCAGGAUCCUGAAGUCGGUGGCAGCACUCAAGGCGAAAAAAGAUUUAUAAUCGAGGAUGAUUAA